AUGAGGGGGGGAGGGAUACGCAUUAAACCCCCAGGAGUGCGGUUUUUUCGUAUAUGGCCACACAUAGAAUUUAAAAGAAUGAAUUAUCCAACUUGGCCUCCCCCUAAUUCUUCUCCUCUGCAUCCAAUAGAGCCUUGGGGCCGACAAGUGUUUGUAUUUACUCCUUAUGCUGUUGAUUCUUCUGCUCCUCUCUCUGGUCCUUAUCCUCGUCAGCCUCCAUUAAGGGGAGCAGCGCCACCUUCUCAUCAUUUAUCUCCUCAUCUUGCUUCCUUAGCAGCAGCAGCAGCAGCAGCAGCAGAUCGUGCUGCUGCUGCAGUUGGUGCUGCAGGUGAAUCAAGUUGGUUAUGUGAUUCAGCAUACGAAGCAGCAAAAGAAGCAACAGCAGCAGCAGCAGCAGCAGCAACAGCAGCAGCAGCAGAAUAUAAUAGGAGAAAUAUAGAAGAAAUAUAUAAUAUUCGUCGCUUAUUUCUUCCUUAUAAAAGUGUAGGUAUGCAAAGGAUGAAGAAAGGAGAGCAUGAUUCUUAUGGUAUGAAGAAAGGAGUACAAAGAGAAAAAAAAACAUAA